CUUCCCUCCCGUUUGCCUCCUCUCGCUGUCUCGUAGCUUCUUUCCUCCGGCGACGGCUGGGCGAGCGGCCGCCAGUCGGUCCCUUCGUCGGCGACGAGCAUCCACCUGCGCCGGCGCUCCAUCUUCCGCUCCCUCCCUUACUCGCGCUCGGCACACAGGCGACGGCGGCGGCGCUCAGGAUCGGGCUAUCACCGACGGGGUCCGGCUUCUCCGCCCGCCUCUCGCCACUCGUCCUCGCCUCCGGUCCUCCGCACACCGGCCGGUGAUCCUGCCUCUGUAGGUUUUUUGUACUAUACUUUUUAGUGGUUCUGGCCUUCUUGACACAAUGGUGAAGCUGACAAUGAUAGCUCGUGUCACUGAUGGCCUUCCACUGGCAGAAGGGUUGGAUGAUGGGCGAGAUCUGAAGGAUUCUGAUUUCUAUAAGCAGCAAGCUAAACUUCUUUUCAAGAACUUGUCAAAAGGGCAUCAUGAAGCUUCACGGAUGUCAAUUGAGACAGGGCCCUACUAUUUCCACUACAUUAUUGAGGGCAGAGUAUGUUAUCUGACUAUGUGUGACCGCUCUUAUCCGAAGAAACUUGCAUUCCAGUACCUAGAAGAUCUGAAAAAUGAAUUUGAGAGGGUCAAUGGCAACCAAAUUGAAACUGCUGCAAGGCCAUAUGCUUUUAUCAAGUUUGAUACAUUCAUCCAGAAGACUAGGAAACUGUAUUUGGAUACAAGAACUCAAAGAAACCUCGCAAAACUGAAUGAUGAACUCUAUGAGGUGCAUCAAAUUAUGACUCGCAAUGUUCAAGAAGUUCUUGGUGUUGGUGAAAAGCUAGACCAGGUCAGUGAAAUGUCAAGCAGGUUGACUUCUGAUACAAGAAUAUACGCAGAUAAGGCUAAGGACCUCAACCGGCAGGCGUUGAUUCGGAAGUAUGCUCCUGUCGCCAUUGUCAUUGGGGUAGUAUUGAUGCUGUUUUGGCUCAAGAACAAGAUAUGGUGAUUGUACAGUACGAAGGAUACUGGGCCCUGUUACAACACCGGAGAAGAACAGAUGGAGAUAAAAACCAGGUCUAUUCUGGAACAAGAAGAUGCUUUGGUGACUUGUAUCCCGUAUCUGCCCAUUCAAGCGAUUACUUAAGCUGCCCUUUUGCUCCUCCCUAUAAGCUAGUAUCAAAGUGAAUUCGUUGGAGUGCAGACCUGAUAAGAGCAUCUCCGGAAGUCUUUCAAAAUUUCACUCUAAAUUCUCAUUUUGAGAGUCAUUUGCUUAAUAAUUGUUAUUAUGUUUUUUUCACUCUCCAACAGCCUUUAAUAUCCUGUUUGCACUAGGGAGCCAUUCUCUUUCUAUAUUGGACUACCGAUGAAUUUGGAGGAGAUGGAUAUAUUCGGAUAGCUGUUUUUAAAAAAAGCUGUUGGGGGAAUCUUAGCAAUUAGGAAGGGUAUAGUCUCUAGAGAAACUCAUAUUUUGUGCAUCCGUUGAACUCAAUGUAAUAUAAUAUAAGAGCUCUAGAGUUCUACAUCGGGGUUGUGGAACUCAAUGUAAUACAAGAGCUGUGGAGUUGACUUUACAUCGGGGUUGUAAUUUUUAGGGUGGAACUCAAUAUAAAGAUUCAGGGUGGUCUGAUGAGUUGACGAAACUCGAGCAUGCUUUUUAUAGCUGCCUAAUAUGUAUUGAUUUAAGGUGUGUUUGGUUUGUC